AUGUUCGCCCGUACUGCUCUGCGUACUACCCUCGCUGCUAGCGCCCCUGCCUCUGCACGCUCCUUCUCCCAGAGUGCUGCCGUGUCCAAGACUGUUGCUGUGCUCGGCGCGUCUGGUGGUAUUGGCCAGCCGCUUUCUCUGCUCCUGAAGCUCAACAGGGACGUGACCGAUCUGCGUCUUUACGACGUGCGUCUUGCACAGGGUGUUGCUGCUGAUGUGUCGCACAUCAACACGCCUGCCAAGUGCACUGGCUACGCGCAGGAGGACCUCGAGAAGGCGCUCCAAGGCACGGAUGUCAUUGUCAUCCCCGCUGGUGUGCCCCGCAAGCCGGGCAUGACCCGCGACGACCUGUUCAACACAAACGCCUCCAUUGUGCGUGACCUAGCCAAGGCUGCGGCCAAGGUGUCGCCCAAGGCUCACAUGCUCAUUAUUUGCAACCCGGUCAACUCCACCGUUCCGAUCGUUGCCGAGGUGUUUAAGAAGGCCGGCGUGUACGACCCCAAGCGCCUCUUCGGUGUUACUACUCUUGACGUGACCCGCGCAUCGACGUUCCUGUCUGAGAUUGCCGGCUCUGAUCCUGCUGACACCAACGUGCCCGUCAUUGGCGGUCACUCUGGUGUGACGAUCGUUCCUCUGCUGUCCCAGGCCAAGCAGUCGGAUGCCGUCAAGUCUGAGCAGUACGAGAAACUUGUCCACCGUAUUCAGUUCGGCGGUGACGAGGUCGUCAAGGCCAAGGACGGUGCAGGCUCUGCCACCCUUUCCAUGGCGUACGCUGCCGCCGUCUUCACCAAGAGCCUGCUCAAGGCGCUCAACGGUGAGAAGGGUAUUACUGAGUGCACGUUUGUCGAGAGCCCUCUCUUCAAGGACCAAGCGUCCUUCUUUGCGAGCCCUAUUGAGCUUGGCCCCAACGGUGUCGAGAACAUCCCUGCGCUGCCCAAGUUCACUGCCGAGGAGCAGAAGCUCCUCGAGGCUUGCUUGCCUGAUUUGAGGAAGAACAUCGAGAAGGGUGUUAGCUGGGUCAGCGAGAACCCCUAA